AUGCAGCAGCAGCACACCCACAAUGGCCUGAGGCGCGACUCCUUCUCCCCGCCACCCGCAUCCGAUACAUCCUUCUCCUCCGUUGUCGUCGAUAUCGAUGCCAUCGAACUCGAAAAAGAAAACAUUCAGCCAUUGCGACAGGGUCGCAGUGCCCAAACACUCGCCCGCCUCUUCACAACACAACACGACGACCGCGCACAGCAGCAGGCAGUCAUGCAUGGUCGCUUUCAGGCAGAACUCGCACAUAUCGAUGACCUGGACGAUCCUAUGGACGUCUAUUCGCGCUACGUCAAGUGGAUGAUCGAAAACUACCCACAAAGUGCAGGACAGGGCAACGACUCUCAACUGUCCCCGGUUCUCGAGCGUGCCCUCACAGAUUUCAAGGACGACGAACGCUACAGGAACGACCCACGCUUCGUCAAGCUGCUCAUCAUCUACUCGGAGAAAAUCUCCAACACCAUCGAACUCUUCAACUAUAUGGAGGCCAACGGGAUUGGGAGCGAGAUUGCCAUGUACUACGAGGAAUUUGCGGAUUUUUUAGAAUCGAGAGAGGAGUUUGAUCGGGCACGAGAAGUGUUCGUCACAGGGAUCAACAGGAGGGCGAGACCACUGGGCCGGCUCAAGAAACAGUACGAAGACUUUGAGCGGAGAGCACAGGUGUACAAGGAUGAACUGGAAUUGGAGGCUGUAGCGUCCGCGCGAUCAACGUCCGUGCCACCUCAACAACACCCACAGGACCAUUCAGCAGCGUCCAGCUCUGGUGGAGAAAGCCAACGACGAGUGUUAGGCGUCAAGGUCUCUGGAACGCAAUCUAUUCAUCCAAACGCCAGCGCCCAAGGACAUGUGUCUCUUGGCCAGGAACGGUCUACUUCUACAACAAACUCAGGAACUCGCAGCACUGGAUCAUCUGGUCCAUCAAGACCUAACGCCAAGCUACAGGUGUACACUGACCAACCUGCCCAGUCAUCUGUGUCGACUAAACUAAAAGCGACGUCAAAAAGCUUUACAUCACAAGCCAGCACACCGUGGAGGGACUUUGGGGCAGAGCAGGUUCGGCGGAAGGAAAACACAAGGGAGGUUACAAGCUGGAAAGGGGCAACUUUGUCCAGCGAAGACACUGUUCCUCGACGGCUCCUUCCUAAACUUGAUGUCUAUCGAGACCCUGAAGAAGCAUUGCCCCCUCCAACAGAGACAGCACCACCCUCGACCAGGACCAGUUCCUUCAGUGACGAAAACAAACCACCCUCACCCUUGGCGCCACCGCCGGCCAAACAUAUACCCAUCAUCACGACUGUUCUGGACGACGCGCAAUCCCACUCCUCACACACGCAUCCCACGUCAAAUACACAACAGGCCGAGACACAUGAUCGCGGCAGUGGCGGACAAAAGUUUCCUGUCACUAUCAACGCCAAUGGGAGAGCUGAGCGUCUAAUGAUCGACCUUACCGACAUUUAUGUCAACGAUGAGGAGUUCUCCAUCGAGGAGAUCAGGGCAAGGCGUUAUCGUUAUUCCUGGCGGCAUACAAAUAAUCUCAGUGUCAGCAGCAACAGCAAGCAGUCGCCAUCUGCAUCACCGCCUCUGCCAGCGCCGCCGCCAGCGGGUUCUUCAGCAAAGCACUACCGAGAUGACCCAGUAUCAGAACCGGCAUCCGACAUGCGUCCACAGAAAAAGGCACAACCAGACAAGGAGCAGGAUCCUCUGUCAACUCCUUACAGGACACAGGCGCCCUCGCUAUCUGUCAAAGAACUUCUUCCUCAGAGUCCCAGCGAUGAAGAGCGUCAUUUUUUCGGAUCUAGGAGGCGUCUGACGGCUUCACCAACCAUGAACACCAAGUACGCCUCUGAAGAGAUGAACAAGAUUUUCAGCGACCGCUCACGGACAAGGAGAAGUAUCGAUUCGCAGUGGAGUGCAGAAGAUACUCAAGAUGUCGGUCGGAACGAGCUCGACAACUUCACAAUGGCAUACUCAAUACCAAACCUGCCACCCCUAUCUCUACCGCCAUUCUCCCGGUACCUUGACAGUGAGAUUGUCAACGAGUUUGAGGACGACGAUGAUCAGGCAGUUCGGACAGAAGGAUUCGCCACGAGGUUGGAAAAUGGAUAUUCGUCGACCAUCACCCAGGAUAUCGCGGCACUGAAGCGGCGGCGCGCAGAGGAGAUGGCUCUCGGAGACAAUACUCGGUCAAGUCAAGGAAAUCGGUUAUCAUUUCGUGAAGGGAACAGGCUCUCCUCAAGAUUCGAUCCCUUCAAGACACAGGAAUCUGACAUCACCAUUGCCAUUCGUCAACGAACACAGCAACUACAACAAAAACAAGACGAAAGCGCGGAAGGAAACGACAACGCCCGAGGAACGUUUGGCUACUUGCGGUCGAGCUUGGGACGCUCCAGCAUCGGAUCUUUGUCGUCGACUCAGAGACGUUAUGGAAGCGAGGGAGGAGGUCAAAGAUCGAUUGAGCGCACAGGUCAGGACGAAAUGGAGAGCCCCUUCAUCUUCAAGGACGGCGGCACGGGUUUGGAUGUGGGGAUGACUGUCCCUAUGCUAGAGGAUGAAGCUCCUCCUGAAUUCAUAAACGAUCUGCCAUAUACUUAA